GGAGUGCAUUUUCUCUUUAAAGUUAAUAAAAUCUAAUGAGGAGAAUAAUUCAUUUAUUACAGUAAUGCUAUAACACUACUAAUUUAAACAGGCGCGCCGGUGUUUCUAGGGAACACUUAACGCAUCCCCUCUGUCUGUAAGGAUUCCAACUACAGCAGCAUCCACGAGGCGGGGGUAUCUGCCCACCACUAGCUAUGCUCCCAGUCCCUGUUUCUUGGUUACGCCCGCCCAUCACUUCCUGCUCCAGCUCCACCUUCUCUCAGCUCUUGCUUCAUCCUCUUCCUGUUUCCAACUCCCAUACCAACCCGGGAUGCAACACUGGCGCCGGCCGGGAAAGGGAUCGGGGCUUCUUGUAUCUGACCGUCUUGGCAGAGGAGGACUUUCUUUUUUCUCAGGGCAACAACACGUGAGAAACUCAGAUGUCUCCAGGAACUCCUUUGCCUUGAGCGUAUUUGUGUGCAAGCAGCGAUGGACGGAGCUGGGAUCUUGACCGGAGCGAUCAGAAUGGAGCUGCAGGAGCACCUGGCCUGCCUGAGAAAACAGAGUGAAGAAGCUAAAGCUGAUGAGAAGAAAGUCAGAGAGCUGCUGAAAUGGCUAGAAGGUGAAAAGCAGAAAAUCAUCCAAGAGUGGAAGGAGCUUCACAAGUUUCUGGAGGAGCAAGAGUGGCUCCUGCUGAGCUGGCUGGAAGAGCUGAACAGGAAGCUUGUGCAGAAAAGGGAGGAGAGCAUCUCCAGGCUCUCCCUGGAGAUAUUCCUACUUGACGAUUUGCUUAGUGGGAGGGGAGGGGAGAAAGAGCAGCUCUCACAGAACACAACCAUGCAGGGUUUCAGAAGCACUGAGAACAGUAUGGAGGACGGUCCAUCCCUGAAAGCACAGCUUGACUUGGAGGAGCUAGAACAAAGGGUCAGCCAUUUUUCUGAGAGAAAGGACACGUUGCAGGAACUGAUGCUGGAGUUCAAAGAGACUUUACGGCUGGAGCUGGAGGGUGAUGCAGGCUUCAGAAUAACAUCCGUGUUUCACUCCAGAUCAUCCCCUUGUGACGAAAAGCCACUGGAAAAUCUAGAAGGGGCUUUGCAUGCAGCAGAACCAGCUCAGGGUUCCCUGGUCUUGGAGCAGGCUGCUGGAAGUGCUGGCAUGGAACAAUGGACUUCCAAGGAACCCAGAAAGCAAGAGAGGAGCGGAGACUUAGAAGAGCAGAGGGAAGGUGAUGGGAUGGAAAGUGAGGAUGAAGUAGAGACCCCUCAGCAGGAAUAUCCUAAACAAGCGGAACUACAUAUUACAAGAACAGGCGAAUAUCACAGAGCCCUUUCACAGAGUCCUAAGAAGGAAGAGUUGAUCAAAGUUGAGUACAUCUCAGGACAGAACUUUGCAGGAAUUCUGGACAGUAAAAGCCACCAUGAAACCAAAGUGCAGCCUAAAAUGCGUAUGGAAAAGAAACCCCACAAGUGUCCUGCCUGCGAGAAAAGCUUCCGCCGAUUUUCAACCCUUAUUACGCACCGGCGAAUCCACACUGGAGAGAGGCCUUAUGAAUGCCACCAGUGUGGGAAAAGCUUCAACCAGAGCUCCAACCUUUUUCGGCAUUUUAAAAUCCACACAGGUGAGAAGCCCCACGUUUGCCCUGAAUGUGGAAAACGUUUCAGUUUUGCCUCGGAUGUCACCAAACAUAAAAAAAGCCACCUAGCAGGGAAAUCACUGAAUUGUUCAGUCUGCCAGAGAAGUUUCCGAGACUGCCUAACCCUUUUCAAACAUCAGCGAACUCAUACGAAUACAAAACUCUACAAAUGCCCUGAGUGUGGCAAAGGUUUUAGAUUUAACUGUUUCCUCACAGCACAUCGAAGGAGGCACACAGGAGAGAAACCAUAUAAAUGUGUUGAGUGUGGAAAAAAUUUCAGUUCUCACUCAGCCCUUUUUACUCAUCGUAGAGUCCAUACAGAUGAGAAGCCCUACAAAUGUUCGGACUGUGGAAAAAGCUUCAGCCAAAAUUCAACCUUGAAGACACACUGGAGAGUACAUACGAAUGAGAAACCCUAUGCAUGCCCAGACUGUGGGAAACAUUUCAGUCAGCGUUCCACUCUGAUUAAACACCAGAUAAUCCACACCGGUGAAAAGCCUUACCUGUGUACUGAAUGUGGCAAGAGCUUCAAUCGCAGCUCGGCCCUUCUGGCACAUAAAAGAAUCCAUACAGGCGAGAAGCCUUUUGAGUGCCCUGACUGUGGGAAAAGCUUCACUCAAAAUGGACAUCUUAAUAGGCACCGGAGAGUCCACACCAAAGACACAGGAACCUGAUAAUUGAGUCUAGACCCCAAAUGAAACCAGUGCUUGUUAAUGGAAGGUGUGAACCAGUCAGUCAGUCUCCUGCUCUUGACAAUAUGGGGGUGGGGUGCAUUUUAAACAGAGAACCUGCUGGGACUGGGACUGGGUCUGGGUCUGGGAGGUGGCUUUUUAAAAAGAGAAGAGGAGACACAAAACGGCUUCAGAGGAGGUAGGCUCAGUUUUGGAUGCACAAGCUAUUGGGGAACUGGUGCCUCUGCUGCAGGGGGUGGGGCAGAGCUGAGGCAGGUCACUUGAGGAACAUCCAUCACCCCACUUCCUCUUAAGGACAUAAGAACAGCCCUGCUGGAUCAGGCCCAAGGCCCAUCAAGUCCAGCAUCCUGUUUCACACAUUGGCCCACCAGAUGCUGCUGGAAGCCUACAGGCAGGAGUUGAGGGCAUGCCCUCCAUCCUGCUGUUACCUGCCUCUGAGGCUGGAGGUGGCCUAUAGCCACUAGUAGCUGUUGAUAUACCUCUCCUCCAUAAGAGACUUACCAGUGUUGCCUCUGCUAGGUAUUUGCCUUGCUAUCCAAAUAAGGCUGCAGUCUGUUUCCCCAGUACUUUUAAAAAUGUUAACAUCUUUCUGUUAAUCUACAUAUUGCCUUCUGGGUCUGUGUGUGUGUGUGUGUGUGUAAGCCACUCUUCUAUAAUACCCCUCCAAUUUUCAGCUAGUUUGUCUGGUUCAUGGUCACACACGUGGCCUUGUGUGGUUCCAGACAGGCACAUGUGCGAAGGAUCGUAUUGGCAUGCAUCUCAUGCCAGCAAAAAGCUGCCUCCGAGCUGCAUUUUGCUCAUGCUGUAAACUGGAAGCAUGCUGGUAAAAACUACCAGGGGCAUGCCUUCCACACACCCCUUGUGCAUGUGCCAUGGGCACAGUGAUAUUCAGCUUGUAUCUGGACUCAGAGGAGUUGCUGACAUUUCGUGGGCUUCCUCAGGCAAGUAGCCCAACUAGCUUGAACUGAAAUAUGAACCUGGAGCCAACUGAUGUUUCAGAUGAGGUUUGUUCAUUUGUAUUAAGACCCUUGUGGGUGAAAAUGUCUCAUACCACUUUUGGACAUUGUGUUUGUUUUGUGGUUGUGUGUGUUUUGUUUUUGGUCCCCUAAGAUCCUGUCUUGUGCUUAGUCUCUUGUUCUUUGUUGUGUAGGAUCAGAUGCUCCUGUCCAAAAGAACCGAAACACUACAACAGCACCACUGACAAAAGCAUUAUAGUGCUGAAUUAAAACACUGCAAGGCAGCGAUGGGGAAACCACCGCCUGCAGAGCUUUGCAGAUAUUAGAAUGUGCACAGCCUCUGUCCACAAGUAAGAGGGCAAUCCCUGGCAGACCAAGGUGUCCAUGAGAAAGGGCAGUGGCUGGGGGCUACUGAACCCAGGACUCAUAUUUGAUGGAUUCGGAUCUUAGAAGAGUCUCUUAUUUUUACUGCUGGAUUCAUCACUGGGCUGGAAGCCCUGUGCUAUUCACUCCUUCCCAAAAGCGUUCAGCCCUGUUCCCUAGCUGGCAUUGAAAAUCACCAGCUGGUCUUUGUCGUGUGGUCACCAUAGAGCAUGGUGGGGACAGCCAUCUUCAGGCCACUGCCACCCUGAGUACUUCUGGGGGCCGCCAGAGGCUUGCCUGCUGCUCCCCCAGCAUCUUCAGCAAAGCCUCUUCCCCUGCAUGCUGCCUACAGGGGAUGCUCACACAUGUGAGCUCACAGGAAACUCUUCUUUGAAUUGAAAAGUGCCAUUUCUACAAGGAAUCUCAGGGACCGGGCUCCUCAUCCCCCACCACUGCGAGCUGAUCUGUCCCCAGCUGCUCACUCCCAUUCAGCCCCUGACCCUUUCCACCCAAGAACUUCUCUUCUGCUUUGUGCGGCUUCUCCUCCCACCCUGUGUUGUGACUGUGUGCCCAUAUCCCUAUUUAAAGAAUAAGUGUGUAGGUGGUGGGCCUUUAAACUUGUUAACAACAGCUGGUCAGCAGAGCAGGCUGCUGCUAGAAACCGUUCCAGUGCAUGGAACCAUUCUGGGCGGUUUGGUUCAAAUUAGAACUGAAUUCGAACCGAACCGCCAGUCCGCGAACCGGUUCAUUAGAACUAGCUGGUGCUUCAGUUCUUGUGGUCAAACUGGUCUGGUUUGAGAGGUUCUGCUUGUAAAGGGGAAUCCAGUAAGAGAUCCUUACCUGAUUCCCCUUUACAAGCAGAACCACCCAAACUCGACCCAGUUCAAUUCCCCCCCCCUUUUUGGAGGGUGGGGGUUGGUACAGUUCAAUUAGAACAGGUUCUGCACACUCCUAGCUGCUGCUGAGGUGUUCCUCCUCCACAUGGAUUGGAGGGUGUUCUGGGGAAAACAGCAGAUUGAAGAGGCCACAGCCCCCCAACCAAGGCCUAACACUGCCUGCUUGCCUUGCUUCUUGAGUUGGCUACCUGGGACUCAGGACAGGAGUCUGGAAAAGGCAGCCACAGCCAUUGUGCCUAUUUGAUCAAGGUAGGCAAAUGCAUGGGGGUGGGGCUGGGGGGGCUGCCCCUCCCUUGCUCCCCUACCGCCCCACCACGGCGCUGUCAGUACGACUAGUAAAUGCGCAUGGCAGCUGCUUCCUGUUCCCAGCAGCGUACAUGGCGGGUGGCGUUGGCAUGCCAAGGGUGUUGCUGACGACUCAAGAUGGCUUCCGCACAUGCACAAGCACUUGUGUACCGAUGCACACUGCUGGCAACAGGAAGCAGCCGCCCCGUGCAGCAUUUAAUAGUAGUACUACUGACAGCAUAAGGGGGACAGUGGAGAAGCAACGGAAGGGCAGGUAAGACUUGCCUUCCUCUUUUUAAAGCGCCUGCUCUCUGUUCUCCCAGAUGUGUAUGAAGUGCUUUGUGCACAUUCCUACCUGGCGGCAUCUCAAGACUCCAGCCUGAAACUUUGGAUGGGUGCCGCCAGUCAGUGUGGACUAUACUACAUUAGAUGGACCAAUGAUCUGACUUGAUAGAAGGCCGCUUCCAAUGAAGAUAGGGCCAUAGCUCAGUAGAAGAGCAUCUGUUUUAAAACUUUUGUAUGCAGAAGGUCCUAGGUUUGAUCCCUGGCAUCUCCAAGUCAAGCUGGGAAAGACUCCUGCCUGAAACCUUGGAGAAUCACUGCCAGUCAGUGUAGACCAGGGCUGUACAACUUCAGUCUUCCAGCCAUUUUUGGACUACAAUUCCCACUAUCCCUGAUUAUUGGUUGCUGUGGCUGAGUAUUAUGGGAGUUGUAGUCCAAAACCGGCUGGAGGGCUGAAGUUGUGCAACCCUCGUGUGGACAAUAGUACUAAGCUAGAUGGACUGAUGGUGUGACUCAGUAUAAGGCAACUUCCUGUGUUCCUAUUCGGAUCAAAUCUGGCACUUACUACUACUACAAAUAUUUAUAUACUGCUUUUUAAUAAAAGUUCCCAAAGCGGUUUACAUAGAUAGAUUUAAAUAAAUAAAAUGGCUGGUUCUCCUGCUGGUUCUCCCCCAGAAUUUCUUCUACCAAUGUAGUUCAUCCUUCUAUCUCUCACUCUCUUCAGUUCUUUCUAGGAGCUGGUCUUGAUGGACAUGAUCUCAUCCAGCCAAAGUACUCUUAUGCCUACCAUAUGAAUUUUGAGAACUUUCUACAUGGUAUAAUUCUACCAAUCCAGAAUUAUACCAUGGGGUAUAAAAGCAGGGAGCACUACACCUUUCUUAUGAAGACAAGGGCAGUUUUCUCCAAAUCAGGGUUGAAUCCUGGUCAGUGUUGGUGCUUCAAUUCCAGAACCUUUUGUAAAUUUCUGCUUUUUAAAAGUCCACUUAGAAUAUAACUGCUCAGUGGUAAUAUAUUCCAGUAUACUUUGGGCAGAUCUCUUUUUUAAAGGGUUUUUUUU